AUGCUUACCAGUCCGCUGUCGUUUGACAUUCUCGAUGACCUAGACCUCGGCGAUAUAGAGGAGUUCUCCUUGGGUGUCCCGACCGAGGGCGUCAAGGUCGACGGAGAGCAGCUGCAGCUUGGCAACGGCAGUCAACAGGACAUACCGGCCUCACAUGUGUGGCCUGCCGCAUCGAAUCUUCGUGGCAUCGCAGAGGGCGACGCCGACGGUGAUGGCGAUUCCCUGCGGAUUCUGCUGCAGCACUAUCGGGGGGAAGAUGCCGACAACGGUGGUGUUACCUCUGAGGAAGAUUUGGAGGCUCUUAUUGCUUUGCCCUUGAUCUCUCAGCAUGAGGCUGCAGCUCCGUACAGGCCGCAGUAUCUGCCGUACCCCGCUGCUGCAGUUGCCUUCAGUGCUGGCAGCUAUGGGGAGAGACCAGCGGUGGUGACAGUGGUGGCAGAAGGGGUCGAGCAGGAGUGGCGAUCCGCUCGCAGGGAUGCGGUCCUCCUGGACUGGUGGCGGGAAGUGAAGGAACGCAUCCACACGGUGGAGGCAGCCGAGGAGUUUUGGAAGGAGACAAGAGGCGAAGGAGGGGUCUCCGGCCAGCAACAGCAACUGCAGCGACGGCUGCUGCUGCAUCAUGCAGGGGGCGAUGAGUUUUGGACGGGAGCCCAGACCUCCCUUCCGGAGGUGCUUCUGGAUUACCUGUGGCCCAUGAGUGGUGUGGAUGGCGGCCGCCCGCACCCGCACCCGCACCCGGCGGGUGGUCCGCUGGGGCCUCCAGCCGGCGGUCCGCCGCGCUGCAAGAAGCUGCACUUCAUUGGACCGGCGGAGCUGUGGAUAUUUGGAACAAGGUCCAUGGAAAGUACAGGUGGCGCUAAGCAGAGGCGUGCAUCGCGAAUACAGUUACCGGGAGCAGCCGCAGCAGCGGCGGCGAUUGAGCAGCAGCGGCAGCUGCUGCACCCAGAGCUAGGAGGCGGGCGAGACGCGGAUGGGGGCUCGGAUCCCGACACAGCUGGAAGUGGAGGAUUGAAUGGCGCUGGUCCACGUGACCUGUACGUCAUUGACAAAUACUGUUAUUCCCUCAAAAACAGGCAGCAGACCGUGGACAAGGUCGUGAUCGCGGAAUUCUUGGGUUGGGCCGUGAAGGAGGACUUGGAGAGCUGGACGAGAAAGAACAAGCAGACCAAGGCAAAGUUCGACCCUCAGGACUGGGGAAGCGGUGUCUUCGAGCUGCGCAGCAGCAAGGGGUCGUAUGUUAAGCUGCGGUGGGCGGCGUGGUGGCCAGCCCUGUACACGGUCAACGCGCCCUCCAGCAGGAAGCUCAAGAAGGAAGCGGCCCCGAGGCCCUCGUCUGCCACUGCUGAGACAGCGGCUACUCCCAGCCCCACCAAGGACCCCAGUCCUAACCUGUCGGGGAGCAGCUAUCAUGAGGUAGCCGCUGCAGGAGGGAGCGGCUCGCACCCCAUGCGACCAGCCGUGGGCGGUCGUCAACAGCAGCAGCAGCAGCAGCAGCAGCAGGGGGGGCUAGCCGCGCUGCCUCCACACGUCUGGCCUCUGUCGUCUGCUGUGGGGGAACCCCCCUCGUUGGCGGCAGUGGUGGCGGCGGCGCCAGCGGCGGCGGAGGCAUUAGCUCCACCACCCCUGCCGCCGUCGGCGCCUUUCCAGGAGGCGCCAACUCAGUAUCGUGAUUACCAUUGUUAUCCCGAUACGCAGCAGGCAGAGCAGCAGCAGCACCACCACCACCAAUAUCAGCAGCGGCAAUCACCGCCGCCACAACAGUACCAGCAGCAGCACCAGCACCAUCAUUUGUACCCGGUGCAGGCACCACCAGCAGCACCAGCAAUGGUACCCCUGACACCCCGCUUGUCGGGGGUGAACCUUUGUGGAGCAUCGGCAUUAGCAGCAGCACCAUCAGCACCGGAUGAUGGGUCAUCAGCUCUUCCUGCUCACGGGACAGUGGGGCCCGCAGCUGGUUGGCGGCCCACGACCCGGCAGCAGCAAGAGGUGCCAUCGGGCCCGGUGCCGGAUGGUCCGGUUGGGCAGCAGCAGCAGCAGCCGUACGGCUACGUUGUGGGCGCGGCGGCAGGGCAAGGACUGUUCUUCUCGGACAGUGACAACUCCUACACACUGUCUAGCACGUGCUACGAAAGCCAGCACCAGUAUGGUGGCAGUACUAAUGUUAUGCUGCCACAGCCGCCAGCAGUAGGCCCCAUGGCCUUCUGCGAACCUGAAUUGAACGCAGCCUUGACUGCUCGAUAUGCUGCUUCUGCUGGUGCCAUGGCUGCUACUGCCGCACCUCCCGGCAUCUCGGCAGAAGCACCAACAGCAGCAUCCUCCGGCACCUCGCUUCAGGCGGUAUGGCACCCUGCCGUUAGUGGUUACAGUGGCGGCCAGUUCAUGGGGGCCACGGAGGAGAAGGAUGGCAUUGCUGCUGCCGGCGGCGGUGGCGGCGGGCUUGCCAGCGCUGGAGUGCCGGAGGUAGGAGGUCUUCCCUGCGAGGCGAGCGAGGCGGAUACCUGGGUGGUGACUCGUAGUGCGGCUGCGGCAGCUGGUGGCGGUGGAGGAGGUGCCGUGACCGCGAUUAGCUCUCACCCCCACCUCCACCAGCAGCAACAGCAGUGGCACCAGCAGCAGCCGUCACCAUUAGCGUUGAUGGCCGCCGAGCCCGCGGCUGGAUUGCCUUGGCGCGCGCCUGAGCUGCAACCUGUAGCAGCAGCAACAACCUCAGCCGCACCCACAGCCUUCGCUGCAGUAGCAGGAGCAGCAGAAGCAGCCACGCAAGGCGACGAUGAUGACCGGAUGAAGAUGCAUCGCGCAAAGAGGCCUGCGGCAGGAGAGGUGGUGGCAGCUACAGGGGCUGCAGCGGCGAUCCCUGACAUGACCGGCAGUGGCAGCGGUGAUGGCGGCCUGGUCGCAGCCGGGGCCAGGGCGAUGCCCACCCGGGCUGCACCUUCAGUGUCGGUUCCGGCGGCAACGGCCCAUCCCUUGGCAGCCAAGGUGCAGGAGCUGGUGGCGUUCAUGCGGGAGUACGUGAGGGUGGAGCCGUGCGACAUGAUGGAGAACGAACUUCGAGACAUCAUCCGGCGCUUGACCGAAGAGGACCCGAAGUUUGCCGAAUUCGCCUACCGCAAGCUGCUGAUUCAGCAAGAUAAAGUCUCCUUUGACACGCCGAGCCACACGUGCGCCAAGUACGGUUUACUUAGGGUGCAGCAGUGGCUGUUGGCCCGCUGCAAUGCGGAAAUGCUGGUGGUGGCCACCAAGGACGGCUGGCUGCCCCUCCACAUCGCCUGCCGGAUGGGCCAGCUGGAGGCCGCGGUGGCGUACCUGCGCCGAGCCAGGGACCUGGGGCUGUUUGACCGGGGCAACGGAGUGUCCAGCGGCAUCGCGAAUGUCGUCCUGACGGACCUGACACCCUUCAACAAGCACUUCAGGGGUUCUAAGGCCCGCGACGUGCUGGAAAGGGCCAUACAGAAGGUUUGGCCUGACGGUGGCGCGCCUGCUGUGUAUGAGGGUGUGGCGGAUGCGGGGAGCUUCAAGCUCGAUGUGGAGCGGCUGCAGUUUGAGCUGAACGGGCUCUCAGCCUCAACCCCGCGGAAUGGCGAACCCCGCGACAGCGGCUGA